UCAGUUCAAGUGUGUUUGUGUUUACUGUCUGUUCUUCUGUUCACUGCUGUAAUAGUCAUCUGUGUCUAUUUCACCAAUAAGACAAACCAACUACUAACACACAACUAUAACAUGACUAAAGAAAGAAAAGAGUUACUAACACACAACUAUAAGUUGACUAAAGAAAGAGAAGAACUGUACAAAUGGCUUACUGAACAAGAUCAGCGCUCUGACAACCUAAAGUGGAUUUACUUCAAAUUUAGUUUUUAUUACAUUUCUUCUGAGUGGAAAAGCAGGAGUGACAGCAGUCGAGACUGUGAACAGAGAGGAGCAAAACUGAUGAUUAUAAACAAUGAAGAGGAACAAGAGUUUGUGCUGAAGGCUACAGCUGGUUAUUAUCAUUAUUGGAUUGGUCUGAGUCAAGAGGGAGAGGUGUGGAAAUGGGUUGAUGAUACCAAACUAACAUUAAGUUUCUGGAUAAGUGGACAUCCCAGACACAGUGAGACAUGUGCUGCGACAUCUUCAUCAGGAUGGGUUAGUUAUUCAUGUGAUGGGAACCAAAGAUGGAUCUGUGAGAAGAGAAUUUUACAAUCACUGAUCAUAUAAUAAAUAAACAAAUCAUCUACUGCUAAGCAAUUAAUAAACUACACUAUAAAAAAUAUGUUCACUUGUUUUAACUUGACUAAUCAAGUUACCAGGACUUACAAAGUGUAGUUGAAACAUUGUGAACUUACUUUUUUUAAGUUGUCUGCACUCCAAUUCAAGUUCAAUUUAAUGUAUCUUAUUUUAUUAGCUUGGAUUAGCAAAUUCAGCCAAAUAACCACACUUUUUUAAUAAAAGACUUAAUGGACUCUAUGCCCGCUUAACUUUCGCGUUUAACUCAAGUCUGCUCUUCAGUUUCCGGUACAGUAGAUUUAAAGCGGAGUGAUGGCAGAAUUGUUAAAAUAUACUCGUUGUUUGCUGGAUUUACCCAAAUUUAGAAAGGUUGCAAGCUUUCUGUGUCAUCUUAUCUCUUUAAUCAUUAAGAUAUGUUCAGCUACCUUACUAGCAGAGCUGUUUUUUUUUUCGAUUCGUCCAGCAGGCUAAUCAAAUUAGUUAUAUAUUAAUGUCUUUGUAAUGUUGUCUGAAAGUAUCAGGUAAAAUAAUAGACACAAAUGCAGGACCUUUAGCUUAAAUGUGACGUUCAGAGUUCUGUUCUGAGUUUUAUUUUGGUAUAUUGACGUCGAUUGUCAAAACAUUUUAUCUUGGUUAUUUUUGAGUUAGUAUCUUGAAAUAUUAGAGGAUGUAAAGAACAAAGCAAAAAGGACUAUUGAUUAUGGUAAAGUCCAUUUUAGAAAUCUAUAUCAUUUGUUUAUCCCUGGUGCUAUUUUUGUAUAUUUUA